CUAUUUUGAAAGGGUUGAUACACAGAUGCAAAUGGAAUUCGCGUUGGAUUCACGUACCUGUGCAACAAUUUGUGUCGCUAGCAAUUUGCGAAUCCACAUCUGAUUAUUCUCCUUCUCUCUUUCUCAGCAUCGUAUUCUUCUUCUGACUGAUGUUGAUAUAUAAUUCAGAUGAUAUGUCCUAAGAAUUUUAGGAUUUUGGACAGAUAAGUCCUUAGGUUCGAUUCUUGCCGAAUAUGAUUCUGAUUCUGAGUUUGGUUUUUGCUAUUUAUUCUUAGAUUCAGAGUUGAAACUGGGGUUUCAUUUUCACUCCUGCUGAAAGACUCAGCUUCCAGCUUCUGUGAGAUUUAUUGGGGUGGUUAAAGGAGAUGUUGAGAUUUUGGAGAACUGAAGUUUAAGAUCUCCCAUCUAAUAUUGCAUACGGUCAAAAAAAAAAAAAAAAUGGAGCUGGUUGGAAUAUUUGGUAAAUCAUGGUCUGGUGAAGGCUAGAACAGGAUAUGCUAUAUAUUCAAAGAACUAUUCAAACCAGAACACUUUCCAAAAUCAUGGGCCUCCUAGAUAUGCACUAUGGUUCAUUCCAGAUUAAUCCUACAAAUUAACAGUCAAUUAUGCGGCGAAAAGCUGCAGAAUAAACUAUAAUCAAGUCUUUGUCAAGAUAUUGAGCAAAUUAAGCAACUACUGUACUUGUUGGCAGUCUUUCAGUACACCAAGAUGAUUAGCACUUCGGAUAAAUGACUUCAAGCUGUCUAAUAUAAUGUUUCAUGCCUGCUAAGAAAACAACCAUGAAUGCACUUGUGGCAACCAACAGAAACUUUAAGCUCGCAGCGCGGCUUCUGGGGUUGGACUCUAAGCUUGAGAAGAGUCUGCUCAUUCCAUUCAGAGAAAUCAAGGUUGAGUGUACCAUACCGAAAGACGAUGGAAGUCUGGCAUCUUUUGUUGGGUUCAGGGUUCAGCAUGACAAUGCUAGAGGACCCAUGAAAGGAGGCAUCAGAUACCACCCUGAGGUUGAUCCAGAUGAAGUGAAUGCCUUAGCACAACUGAUGACAUGGAAGACAGCAGUGGCUAACAUCCCUUAUGGUGGCGCUAAAGGCGGGAUAGGCUGUAAUCCCGGAGAGCUUAGCAUCUCUGAGCUUGAACGUCUGACACGAGUUUUCACCCAGAAGAUUCAUGACCUCAUUGGUAUCCACACAGAUGUUCCAGCACCUGAUAUGGGCACAGGGCCACAGACCAUGGCAUGGAUACUAGAUGAGUACUCAAAAUUCCAUGGAUACUCACCAGCAGUAGUGACUGGAAAACCAAUUGAUCUUGGAGGAUCACUGGGCAGAGAUGCAGCUACUGGAAGGGGUGUGCUCUUUGCAACAGAGGCCCUGCUUAAUGAGCAUGGGAAAACCAUAUUUGGACAAAGAUUUGUCAUUCAGGGUUUUGGAAAUGUUGGUUCAUGGGCUGCAAAACUCAUCCAUGAAAGUGGUGGGAAGAUUGUUGCUGUGAGUGAUAUCACAGGAGCAAUAAAGAACAACAAAGGGAUAGAUAUCCCAAGCCUACUCAAUCAUGCCAAAGAACACAAGGGUGUCAAAGGAUUCCAUGGUGCUGAUCCUAUAGAUCCCAACUCAGUUCUAGUUGAGGACUGUGACAUCCUCAUUCCAGCAGCCCUUGGUGGUGUUAUCAACAGGGAAAAUGCAAAUGAUAUCAAAGCCAAAUUCAUCAUUGAAGCUGCGAACCAUCCAACUGAUCCAGAGGCAGAUGAGAUCUUGACAAAGAAAGGUGUGGUUAUACUUCCAGACAUAUAUGCAAAUUCAGGAGGAGUUACUGUCAGUUACUUUGAAUGGGUUCAGAACAUUCAAGGAUUCAUGUGGGAUGAGGAGAAGGUGAACAAAGAGCUAAAGACAUACAUGACCACGGGAUUCAAGGAUGUGAAGGAAAUGUGCAAAACCCACAACUGUGAUCUCCGAAUGGGAGCUUUCACUCUCGGAGUUAACCGUGUCGCCAGGGCAACAGUUCUAAGGGGCUGGGGAGCCUGAGGAAAUAAAGAUAUCAUGUUCUGAAUAAAAGAUGGAGGCUUGAGUAUGGCCCCGAUUCUUGUAUGCUACUUUGAUUGAACCUCAUCUAUGUGAGGAACGUCAAAGAAGUUUUGUCGUUUUUAGUUUUACUUGGCUUAAUGGGCAACUGUAUGAGGUUUUCUCCUUCUGAGAUCGCUGAUUCUUCAGAAAGCUGAAAGGUUUACACCCUACAGUUUCUAAAUAUACAUAGUGUUUGUCUUAGCCUAUAAGCUGGUCAAACCUGCUUAU